AUGCUUGACAUCAUUAAGAAGUCACAAUUCGGUACAAACAUGCUGAAGAUGCAGCUAACAAAGCUUUCAUACAAACAGCUUUGUGAACAGCUCAUGUGCAAGGCUCUUUUUCAUGAAAAAGAAAAUUUAAUUGAACUUCGUCUCAGGUGUGGAUCACUUUGGAUCAAUGAGAAGGUCAUUCAGCAUGUUCUUGACUUGUCUCGUGGAAGUGAUAAGAAGUCUCAAGCUUCAGAGGAUGUGGUGGAAAGAGAGUACGAAGAGAUGUGGAAGCUACUAUAUACCGUAUCUGCUAAGUACCCAGAAGAGUCAAUAGGCAGAAGCAAAAAACAACAGCAGAAAUCACCUCACCAAAGGAGUGGUUUUUCAAAAGAGGCCAGCAGCAGCAAAAGAAGGGAACCCCCUGUGGACUAUAGGGAACAAAGAACAAUGUUCAGCCCGACAAAGAUUGAAUGUUUGUUCAAUCAUUGUAAAGAGGAAGAAUUCAGAGAUCUUGCUACGGACCUUAGGCUCGUCAGACUUUUAUUUGAAGUAAUAGUAGAGAGAUUGCUACUGCCAGGCCAUGGUACGUUUGUAACCAAAGCUGCAGUUAGAUAUGCAUAUCAUGUAGACAAAAUAGAUGAGCUGGACUGGGCAUAUCUGGUUUUCAAAAAAAUGAAGAAAGAUUUGAAUCUGAUGCAUAAGAAAGGCGGGCUGAAAUGUAUGGCUUGUUGUGUGCCUGUGUUUAUGAUUUGUUUGGCGGACUGUACUGAAGGUAAUCAUGUGGAAAUGGAAUCAUCAGGGAGAAUUUACUGCUAUUCAAAUGAAUCGCUCCAGAAAAUUCUCGAAAAUCCAUAUCAGAAAAGGGCGGUUGGGGGGGGACAGGAAUUUGAUCUCACUAGAUGAUCUUAAUGUAAGUACAAAUCAUAUAUUAAUAUGACUACAAAUUUGCAAAUCACGUGUUACCAUUCUAUAAUGAUUUCUUUAUGUUCUUUUCAGUUGAUUAACUGGGAUAGCAGCUGCUACGGAACCCUUGUAGAGCUGCCUUCUCCUUUGAUUGAAUAUAAAAUGUACAAGAAGAUGGUUGAGGGAAGACAUCGUCAGAAAAUUUAUUUUAA